AUGGCCGUCAUCGAGGAGGCAUACAUUUCCGAAGACAUUCACCAACUCAAGGCCGAAGCAAAUCGCAAAUUUGCUGCUCAAGACUACGAUGCUGCUUUGUCUAUCUAUCUCGACAUUCUCGCACAGCUGCCCGCACGAGAGCCCUCGUCAAGCACAAAGAAUACCACUCGCGCUGCCGAUGACGAUCGCGAUGUGGAAGCGAUAGACGAUGCUCCCGAACCUGAGGGAGAAACGAGCGAUUCAAACGUAGCAUCGACAUCCCAAGCGCCACCACCUGCAUUCGAAACCGAAGAACAAGAGCAGAUCCGACUCUUCCGUUCCGUCAUCUACGCCAACGUCUCCGCCACCCACUUGCGUCUCGAACAAUACCGUGACGCCGUCAAAACAGCCAACCAAUCCCUGCUCGACCAACCCAACUACAUCAAAGCACUCUACCGUCGCGCCCAAGCCAACGAACAAAUCGGUGGUUGGUCAGGCCUCUCCUCCGCCCUGGAAGACAACAGACUCCUACUCACCCUCCCCGACCUACCACCAUCAUCAAAACCACAAAUAUCGGAAUCAAUAAAAAGACUAGAACCAAAAGCCCAACAAGCAGCCGAAACCGAGAAAGACGAAAUGAUCUCAAAACUCAAAGGCCUAGGCGACUCCAUCCUCGGAAACUUUGGCUUGAGCACCAACAACUUCAAGUUCACACAACAGCCCGGCGGCGGUUACUCGAUGAACUUUGUUCGCUAG